AUGACUGACGAAUUUGAUGCCCUUAUUAAAAAUAAGACGUGGGGACUGGUACCUCGUCAUGCAAAAGUGAAUCUUAUUCAUUCUAUGUGGAUUAUUCCUCAUAAAAAUAAUUAUGAUGGUUCUUUUGAGCGGUAUAAAGCUCGUCUUGUAGGUGAUGGAAGGUCCCAACAGGUUGAAGUUGACUGGGACGAGAAAUUUUGCUUGGUUGUCAAACUGGCCACUAUUCGCACUGUUUUGACUUCCUCAGAUGGCCUUCGGAAAUCCAUUAUGGCACGUCUUAAUGUAGAAUUUGCGAUGAAAGAUCUCGACUUGAGUUAUUUUUUGGGUGUGGCUGUCACUCGCACCUCCUCUGGCAUGUUUCUCUCUCAAAAGAAUUAUGCUGCAGACAUUAUCGAGCGUGCAGGUGCCUUACAAUAUCUCAUUUUUACCAGGCCUGACAUUUCUUAUGCUGCUCAACAGGCGUGUUUACAUAUGCGUGAUCCGAAAGUAGAACAUAUGAAUGCUCUUAAAUGCAUUGUGCGUUACAUUCAGGGUACUAUUGACUUUGGUCUCUAUCUAUACAAGUCGUCUCUUGCUUCUCUCAUUUCUUAUACAGAUGCAGAUUGGGGUGGAUGUCCAAACACUCGCCGCUCCACAUCCGGAUACUGUAUUUUCAUGGGUGAUAACUUACUCUCAUGGUCCUCGAAACGACAACCUACUCUGUCAAAAUCGAGUGCCGAGGCCGAAUACCAUAAUGUGGCUAAUGUUGUUUCUGAGUCUUGUUGGUUACAUAACCUCCUACUCGAGCUUCGUUAUCCUAUCCGCAAAGCAAUAUUAGUUUAUUGUGACAAUGUUAGUGUCAUCUACCUCACAGGUAAACCCAGUUCAGCAUCAGCGCACUAA